AGUAGGGUUAGGGCUAUCAAUUAUUGCGCAAUUUAAAAAGGCAAAAUAGGCCUAGUUCUGCUUUGGUUUAUCGUCUCUGCAACAUCUCAAGAAGGGGGCUUUGCCAGUCAACCGUGACUCACACCGUCCACUCGCUUAUGGGAGCGGAGAAAGAGAAAAGCAUAAUCCAGUGACCCAAUACCAGAGGAAACAAUCACCACAGCCGGCAAAAAUGGUAGAGUGGACAGAAUUUGAGCGCGAUACAAUCAAGGACAUCUUCUCUAAGAUCGACUAUGACGUGGUGGGUCCCGCCGCCCUCACAAGGUGCCUGGUUGUGUACCCGUGGACUCGGAGGUACUUUGGAAACUUCGGGGCCCUCUACAACGCCGAGGCAAUCAUGGGCAACGAGAUGGUGGCAAACCACGGGAAAAAAGUGCUCCACGGACUGGACCGAGCCGUGAAGAACAUGGAUCACAUCAAGGAGAGCUAUUGCGAGCUCAGUCAGCUGCACUCCGAUCAGUUUCACGUGGACCCUGACAACUUCAGACUGCUUGCUGACUGCCUUGCAAUCGCCAUUGCCACCCAGUGGGGCAGUGCAUUCACCCCGGACAUCCAGGCCGCGUUCCAGAAGUUCUUGUCCGUUGUCGUCUUCUCUUUGGGAAGCCAGUACCACUAGUAGCGCUGCAUGGACAGUAGGACUACCGUGAACAACAACAACUACAACAAAUGCACUGUUCGUUCAAUUCAGAGGACCGGGGAACUUUCCUCUGUCAAAACCAAUAAAAAAACAUUACCGUAUGUUUUUCACUCUGUAGCCAAAAUAUCCUACUUAAUUAUAGGCUCCUAAGGCUAUUUAUUCAACUAAACAAAACUUAAAUGUGCCAUCAUAGGGCUGGGCUUAGAGAGUGGGAUUGGGGAGGAUGCUCGUUUGCGCCACCCAACAGGUGCUCUGAUUGGAGGACGCCAUCUUGGAACGUCUGAAAUUAACGCGCAACAGGUGACAUUAGGUCAUGCAUCGCUUAGAAUUACAUGUUAUUUGCAUUGACCUGUAUUGUAGUUUGAGGCUAAGCACGAUUUUUUCCAAGAAGACCUGAGAUUAUAAAAUCGAGUUUACACCACGUUAUCAUGAAAAGCCUACACUACAAAAUUAUUUUUUCUAAUAACAUUAACAGAUAACUAAGCAGUAAGCAAACAGAGUCUACUUUGCAAUCAAAAUAACUUAUAGGCCUACAUAUAUUUUAUAAAUAUUUGCUAACAAUGCUAUAAUCCGUCUAGACGUUUAACCUGCAUAUUAUAUAAAAUAUUAUUUGAAGGCUAUAUUAUUUGUGAAAUCAAGGUCAAGCGAACAAGUUGAAAAGGACGUGGUUAACUGCGCGAUUCAACCGCAAUGGAAUGGAAUAAUGACAAUGGAAAACAAUAAUGAUGGGAUUCAAACUUUUAUUCAUAUGUUUUCAACAGAAGACUCAACAGGAACCUGAUACUUUCAUCCAUCCUAUUGUCUGCCUAUAUCCGACCGAUCUCAGUUUAUCGGUACUUCUCGGACAGAGCCAGGGCCAAAGCACACAGGAACUUGUCGACGGCCAAAUGAGCCAUUGGGGUGAAAUCCUCAGGGAACAUAA